AUGUCCAUGCUGCCGACGUUCGGCUUCACGCAGGAGCAAGUGGCGUGCGUGUGCGAGGUUCUGCAGCAGGGCGGCAAUAUCGAGCGCCUGGGCCGCUUCUUGUGGUCCUUGCCGGCGUGCGAGCACCUCCACAAGAACGAGAGCGUGCUCAAAGCCAAGGCGGUGGUGGCGUUCCACCGCGGCAACUUUCGCGAGCUCUAUAAGAUACUGGAGAGCCAUCAGUUCUCGCCGCACAACCACCCCAAGCUGCAGCAGCUGUGGCUCAAAGCGCACUACAUCGAGGCGGAGAAGCUGCGCGGACGGCCGCUGGGCGCCGUCGGCAAGUACCGAGUGCGUCGGAAGUUUCCGCUGCCGCGCUCCAUCUGGGACGGCGAGGAGACCAGCUACUGCUUCAAGGAAAAGAGUCGUAGCGUGCUGCGUGAGUGGUACACGCACAACCCUUAUCCAUCCCCGCGGGAGAAGCGAGAGCUGGCCGAGGCCACGGGACUCACCACCACGCAGGUCAGCAAUUGGUUCAAGAACCGGCGGCAGCGGGACCGUGCGGCUGAGGCCAAGGAGAGAUAUGCGGAGAACAAUGAGAACUCAAACAACAGCAACAAUAAUAACGGCAAUCCUCUGACUUCCUCCCUAAACGGAACUAAAACUCUUUUGGGAAGCUCGGACGAUGACAAGACGCCGGCGGGCACGCCCGAUCACCACACGUCCCCGAGCCCGGCGCUGAUGCUGGGCUCGGGCGGGGGCCAGCUGGCCCCCUUGCACGGCCUGGCGCCCCCGCCCGGGCCCAGCGCCAUCCCGGUGCCUGGAGGCGGUGGCGGCGACCCGGUGCAUCACCACCACCAUCACCACCACCACCACCAUUCGAUGCACCACGACACCAUACUGAACCCUAUGUCGUCAAACUUGGUGGACUUGGGCUCGUAG